GUUUUGGUCGAAGCCUGUCGUUUAGAGAUGCAGAGUCUGCAACAGAAGGCUUCUGAAUGGAGCGGAGUUCCCACAGACGACGCUUUCGCUAUAGACGACACCAAUCUCUUCCAGAAACUUAGCCUUCAAACCUUCAUCAACCUCUCCACCAAUUUCUACAAUAGGGUUUAUGAUGACGAGGAAGAAUGGUUUCGUUCAAUAUUUGCAAAUUCUGAGAAAGAAAGCGCCAUUCAAAACCAAUACGAGUUCUUCGUGCAAAGAAUGGGAGGUCCUUCUCUAUAUUCUCAGAGAAGAGGGCACCCUGCUCUAAUUGCUCGACAUCGACCAUUUCCUGUCACGCAUCAAGCUGCAGAGAGGUGGUUACAUCACAUGCAACAAGCAUUGGACAGUACUCCAGAAAUAGAUGAUGACUCAAAGAUCAAAAUGAUGAACUUUUUCAGGCACACUGCAUAUUUUUUGGUGGCUGGAGAUGAGCUAAAGAAUCAAAGCCAACCGAUACCAUGCAAGCAUGCAGCUGGAAGAUAACAUCCACCAUACUCUUAUUUUUCAAGCAUAUUGCAUAUUUUCUGGUAGCUGGAGAACAGUAAAGCAUCAGAACCAACAAAUGACCAUGCUAGUACAUUGCAUAUUUUCGCUAGAUAGGACAGUAAAAAGAAUGAAAUAUCAUUCUUCAGUUACUAUACUCUGUCCGAUGUAUAAAUAAUAUUGAAACAUUAAAUGCUCCUAUUUUUGUUUAUAUUUUCUGUGUGUCCAUCAGCAGAUAAGCAUAAAUAGAGAACUCGAUAAUGCUGACCUCUGAAUGGCCUAAUAUUAGACAUUGACACGGCUAGGUAACCCUUGCAAGACGAUCAUGGAAAUUAUAGAUGGCCACUAUUUUGUUUUCA